GAUUCGCGCUUGGAAAUAACGACAGAAAACCGACGCGAGAGAGUUUCGGUGUGGAGGAGACAUGAAAUCUGCGCGCACGGAGGCGCCGGAGGGUGUUUCAUCAGCCGUUAGAGCCUCACCAUGAGAGAUCUGGAUGGAUGUGAUGCAGAUCUGGCCCUGUAGAGUCCGGGACUCCUCCUCAUGGUGAACGGGUGUCUGCGCAGACGCCCUCUGAGGGUUUGAGCAUGCCCAGAAGCGUCUGACCAUCGGUUUGAGCAUCGCAAUCGACUCGGAUCAUGGCUCAGACGAGCCUGCUGCAGGGCAAGCGCUUCUACUGCCGCGAGUGGGUUUUCCACAAGAUCCAGCACUGCAUUCAGGAGAAAACCAGCAGUCUGAGUGCACCGGGAGCCCAGGAGCCGAUCCAGCCCACCGCCGGGCCUCCAUCUGGGGCUGGGAAGAGCAGCUCAUGGGGCGUCCUGCUGGUUGGUGGUCCAGGAAGUGGGAAAACAGCUCUGUGUUCAGAGUUACUGUGGCCCAGCUCUGCUCACGGGCUCCACCGUGGCCUGCACCAGCACUGCCUGGCCUUCCACUUCUGCCGGGCCGAGGACGCCGAAACGCUGUGCGUCAGUGGGUUCGUUCGAGGUCUGGUGGCCCAGAUCUGCCGAUCUGGACUAGUCCCGGAUUACGAGGAGAAACUGAGAGAGCCGGCGAUCCAGAGUGCACUGCAGCCAGGAGAGUGUGAGAGGAACCCGGCAGAGACCUUCAAGAGGUGUGUGCUGCUGCCGCUGCUCAGCUGUAAGGCUCCGUCUCAGGCUGUGUUCCUGCUGCUGGACUCUGUGGACGAAGGGUGUGUGUUCGGGGAUCGAGAUCAGACGUCUGCAGGC